AACGAACAACAACUUCAAAAGCCAGAAAAUCGUGCUGCAUAUAAUUAUUAAAUAUUGUUGCUUUUUAAUCAUUUUUGCUAAAAAUAUUUUACUCGAAAUCCCGGCAAAAUAAAGUGAUAAAAUAGAUUCACGUACGCACAUUCGCUGUUAAGGUGUCUAAAAACGGGCAAAAGGCGAUUAGAUGCGACGCUGCUGUUUGCUUACAAAGUGCAAUUAAUCAGGCGAAAUCAAGACAAAUAAUGAAACAGAAAUAAGUAAAAAUAAAAAUAAAAACAAAAAUUAAAAUAAAAGUACAUUUAUAAAUAUUAUUCGUCGAGUCCGUUGGGUUUAGCUUUGCAGACAAUGAUUUUGGUUAUUUUGUUGUUGCUGUCAAUAUGUGCGAUUAUUUGGUGGCAACGGAGAGCUUGGUUGCUGGUGUGGCGUCUUAAUGGUUGGCGUGGUCUGGUGCAACAACCGUAUUUGUGGUUGCUUCUAAUCUACUAUUUGGAGCCAAAGAAACUCCUUCAAGCCGUUUCACGCACACGACAUCGCUUUCAACGGCCUUUGGGUAUUGUUUUUGGUAACAAACCCGUCAUUUAUGUAGAUGAUCCGGAUACUAUGGAACAACUCUUCAAUGCUCCGGAAUGUAUUGACAAGUCAUUCUUCCAGGAGGGAUUUUGUUUGAGACGCGGUCUGCUGCAUGCCAGGGGGGCAGCUUGGAAAUCUCGUCGUCGUCAACUCGAUCCUGCUUUCGGAUCAAAGGUUUUACUAAGUUUCAUCGGCACCUUCAAUACAGUGGGCAAUCAGUUGGUGCAUAAAUUUGAGACGGAACUUUUGGGUGAUAACAUUAAAUUCGAUACGCUCGAUGAUAUGUUUUGCCGCGCGGUACUCGAGGUAUCGUGUCAAACAACAAUGGGCACGGAAACCAAUUUUACUGCUGCAGACACACAGAGUAUAGCAAGAACAUAUAGCGAGCUCAUGCACAUAUCGGCACUGAGAGGCACAAAACCAUGGUUGCAAGUUGAAUUUAUAUUUCGGCUUUUGGAUUCGAAAAAUUAUAAGCGUACCCAGGAUCUCAUGAAGCAUUUAGAGGAUUUUGUAAGAGUUAUAGUGGAAAAGAAACACUCUGAGUGGAAGGCGGGCAGUGAGCACAAUAUAACGAGUAUUGUUGGUGAUAAUCUUGACUCAAACGCUGACGGUACAGAAGAUUUGAGAAAUGUUAAGAACAUUUCCAAGGAGCAUAUACCACGUAGACGUAUUUUUAUAGAGCAAAUAUUUCAUAUGGUCGACACUGGAGAACUGCGUAUGGAGGACGUUAUGGAUGAAGCGCUCUCCAUGUUGAUGGUGUCAUUCGAGACGAUUUCCACCAGCGUUCUCGUCACCAUGCUCCUUUUGGCCGCACAUGAAGACCACCAGCGUAAGUUGCGCGCAGAAAUUGCAGAAACUUUCCCACAACUUGAUCAAAUUACCAAUAUCGACCCAGCACAGUUACUGCAAAUGAAAUAUCUCGACUCUAUAGUUUACGAAUCGCUACGUCUACUGACCACAGUGCCGUUCAAUAUGCGCGCGGUAAGCCGAGAUUUUUACAUACACCUCACGGCAGCGGGUGGCGCAAGGAGAAGUGUCAAAGUACCUAAAGAUACUGCGCUCGUUUUCGAUGCCUUCAAUAUGCAACGCGACGAAAAGUAUUGGGGCACACAUGCAAAAGAAUUUCACCCUGAUCAUUUUGUCGCGGGUAGCAUGGGGCCAAUCACUAGACAUCCAUAUGCCUUUGUGCCUUUUGCCAAGGGUCUGCGAUAUUGUAUUGGAAAUCGCUACUCAAUGUACUUGGCCAAAAUAUUUAUUGUCAAAUUAAUUUAUCAUUUCGAUUUUGGCACCUCAACAAAGCUGUCUGAUUUGCUGUUCAUAAAUGGCAUUUCGUUGAAAUUUGACAAGAGCGAAAACAUUAGUUUCCAAAUAAGGAAGCUCACGCAUAUGGACAUAUGAUGAUUCACCCAAUGUUCAGUUUCGCUAUUAAGCUCGCUGAAAAAUUGAUGGAUUUGAAGAUGAAAAAUAUGUACAUAUACAUAUAUAUUUUUUAUACUUUCAUAAAUAAACGAGGUGUGUUCCAAAA